AACCCGAAGUAACAAAUGACCCGACCCGAUUAUAUAAUCAAACUGUUACAAACACAACGAGGGUUUUACUCUUCUUUUCUAUUCUAAUCUAAUCGGACAGAAAUUAUUUAGCCGGCGAUCCACACUGAGCUUCAAGUAGCCCCAGCAGAUCUCAAAGCAGAAAUGGAUGGCAAUAUAUCUAAUAUCAAGAAGUGGAAUAUACUGUACCCUGUUUAUAUGAAUUCGAAGAAGACAAUUGCUGAAGGUCGAAGAAUUAGUGCUGCUAAAGCAUGUGAAAACCCCACCUGUGUUGAGAUUGCAGAUUGCUGCAAUCACUUUAAAAUCCCUAAUGCAGUUGAGCUUGAUAAGGCCUAUCCCCGUGAUUUCAUGCAACGAGGGAGAGUGCGGUUUUCGCUGAAAAGGGAUGAUGGGACAUUGUACAAUCCUGCAAUCUCUUCGAAGAAGCAGCUGAUGAUUAAUGUAGCUGAGCUGGUCCCUAGACACCCUGGGCGGACUAAGAAACAGGAGGCUGCAACCACCUCAAAUGCAGGACCGUCGAAAUCUGGGAAGGGCGGCAAAAAAAAGAGAUAACUUUUAUAAUUCAAUUGCACUACUUGAUAGCUGAGGAAUGUGUUGCAAAAGCAUUGAUGUAUUAUUUUGUUGAAUAUGAGUCAUAGUUUUACAAUGAACAUGUGUAUUACCCCCACCUUCAAUCACAUCUUUUGGUAAUCUCAA